GUGGAAUGUGCAAGUGAAAAAAGAGCACUGUUGCUAACUUGCUAAGCAACUCCUAUAAAAUGGACGAGCGAUUUGAAGUAGGCAUUCAAGUCGGAAAACGGCGAGGAAGAUCAGCAGCAGGAAGCUUCUUCAAUCUGUAAACGAUACAUGCAUCAGCCUUCUUCAAUCCUCAAUCACAUCAUAUGUUCUUCCGUUCUUCGACCUGCAAAUAAGUAGCUGGAAGGCGUUUGAUAUUGGCAGUGCAAUCAGAACAGAGUAAAACAGGGAAACCUGGCCGCGAUGACGUCUUCUCAGCAAUCGCAGUUCAUGACUAAUGCGCCGCUAAUUAAGAGUUCUGAUCCUAAUCAGAUUGUUGUUCCUGAUAAAACAAGCUGGAAAAACCUAUUCUCAUACAUGGGCCCUGGGUUUCUUGUUUCCAUUGCAUACAUCGAUCCUGGAAACUUUGAAACUGAUUUACAAUCAGGAGCUCAAUACAAGUAUGAGUUGCUUUGGAUUAUAUUGGUGGCUUCAUGUGCUGCACUUGUCAUCCAAUCCCUAGCAGCAAACUUAGGGGUUGUAACAGGAAAGCAUUUAGCCGAGCAUUGCAAGAAUGAGUAUGAGAAGGGAACCAAUUAUAUCUUGUGGAUUCUUGCUGAAAUCUCCAUUGUGGCAUGUGAUAUUCCUGAAGUAAUUGGCACAGCAUUUGCUUUGAAUAUGUUGUUCCAUAUUCCAGUAUGGUGUGGUGUACUUCUCACAGGUUUUAGCACUUUGGGUCUACUUGCACUACAGCAAUAUGGAGUGAGGAAACUUGAGUUCUUGAUUACUUUCUUGGUGUUGACAAUAGCUGCAUGUUUUCUUGUUGAGCUUGGGAUUUCAAAACCAAAAGCUUCAGAAGUUUUGUAUGGAAUGUUUGUCCCUCAACUUAAAGGCAGUGGCUCUACUGGUCUUGCAAUUUCACUCCUUGGUGCUAUGGUCAUGCCUCACAAUCUUUUCCUCCACUCAGCUCUUGUACUUUCUAGGAAAAUACCCCGAUCAGUCAGUGGUAUUAAGGAAGCUUGCAGAUUUUACUUGAUAGAAAGUGGGAUAGCCCUUGCAGUGGCUUUCCUUAUAAAUAUAUCUGUUAUAUCUGUAAGCGGUUCAGUUUGCAGUUCUUCAAAUUUAAAUCCAGAAGAUAAAAAAAGUUGUCAAGAUUUGGACUUAAAUAAAGCUUCCUUUUUGCUUAAAAAUGUUUUAGGCAAAUGGAGCUCCAAGUUUUUUGCAAUUGCCUUGCUGGCAUCAGGUCAAAGCUCCACAAUAACCGGAACAUACGCGGGUCAAUACGUUAUGCAGGGGUUUCUUGAGCUACGAAUGAAGCCAUGGCUUAGAAACUUGUUGACCAGGUGUUUAGCUAUUAUCCCGAGUCUAAUUGUGGCUCUCAUAGGCGGCUCGGCUGGAGCUGGGAGGUUGAUUAUUAUAGCUUCGAUGAUAUUGUCUUUUGAACUCCCGUUUGCUCUCGUCCCUCUUCUCAAAUUCACAAGUAGCGAAACAAAAAUGGGAUCAUAUGCCAACUCAAAGAUUAUUUCCGCAAUCACUUGGGUGAUCGGGUCACUAAUUAUGGGAAUAAACAUUUACUUUCUAGUGGAUCAUCUCAUUUCGUUACUUGUUCAUGGACACCUACCACUAGUGGGGAAAAUCUUCAGUGGGUUUUUAGGGUUUUCAGGUCUUUUAAUUUAUUUAGCUGGAAUUGGGUAUUUAGUGGUGCGUAAAAACAGAGAGUCAUCACAUCUUCUUGCACUUAAAACUCCCGAACAACGUAGUGCUUCUGCUUCUUCAUAUGGUCAACCAAGAGAAGACAUAGCUAGCAUGCAACUUCCUCAUACUAGAAACACUCAUCAUAAUCAUAACCAAGAUCAAGAUGAUGAUGCAACUUGACUUUGUUACACCUCUAACAUGUUCGAUAUAAAUAAAUUAAUCACAGGCUAUUAUAUUAUGAUUACAAACUUAAUUCCAUAUUCAUAUUUAACUUUAUAACUCCUCGCGCGUUUCACUUUACAUGACAACGGAGGAUGUGUUACAGAUAAAACAUAAGUAAACAAUGACAUGUGAAUAUUUUGCUUGCUUAGGGAGAUUUUUGUAAAUUGCAAUUAAAACUUAAAAGCUAUACUAUUAUGACUGGAUACGGAUUUGAUCCUCGGUGGGAGUUGGUUGCAGUGGGAGGUGACCUUUUUCCUGUAAGCUCUUAACGGUGUCGUAUAACGCCUGUUUCACCGGCGUAAACUCUAAACCCAAAUCUUUCAGCUUUUGGUUUGAGAAUUUGUAUGGUUUUGCCCUUGGCUUUAUCUCAUCAGAACAUCUACAAAGAUUUAAAAAUUAUAUAUUGUUUAGUAAAAAUAAAAAAAAAUAAAAAAAAUCAAUUUCAAUUUUCAACACGUGUUGGUGGGAAAUAACCUACCUAAUUUAUCCAAGGUUGAAAUUAAUUAAUAUUUUAUAAUAAUUAAUACCCAUCCUAUAAAAAUAACACACACCUAAUAACUUUUUUAGAGAACAUGAGUUGUAGUUGGUGUGUAGGUCACAUUCAUAAAAAGCCACCAAAGACAAGAAACCACGAUAGUGUUGAUAAGGAUAUUUGGAGUUGGUGAGGGUUCAUCUUAGCCACUAAAUUCUUAAUUAUUAUUAUUAUUAUUUUCAUAAUUGGGGUUUGUUUUGUAGGUGAAAAACUUGGACUAAUUAAUCAUAAGGUCAAACAUUGUUCACUAAAAUGUCAUAACUAUACAAUAUAUUUUUUUUUAAAUAGGAAAUAGGAAAGGGGGACUUACUUAGUGGGAAUGGGGUAUUCCGGGAAAAACUUGGCCAAAAUUUCGACAACUUCACCACGAUGAAGAACACUUUCAGCACAUAGAUAUCGACCAUUAGCCGAGGGGGUCUCAAAGAGUAAAAUGUGAGCCAACGCGACAUCUCGUACAUGUACAUAUGCUUGUACUGAAUUAGCAUAUGUCUUUGCAGAACCAGUGAGGUACUUUAGGAUAUGAAUAAUACUGGCGUUGACUGUGGGUUGCAAUAGUGGUCCCAAUACCAACACUGGGUUCAAUGCUACUAAGUCAACACCUCGAGCCUUAGCUUCGUCCCAUGCUGCCUGCUCUGCUACCGCCUUUCCAUAGCAAUACCAGUUCUGUUGUAACAAAUAAUAUUUAAUAUUCAUUUAUUUUUACUUCAUAAGUCAAAAGUAAUUUCAAAGGAACAAUUCAUGAUUUGAUGCCAAAAAUAUACAUUUCUCACCAACAUAUUACUCGUUUAGAUACAUACUCAUAUUUUGUUUCUUUCCUUUGUUGCUAUCUAUGAUCAAGAAUUUUUAACUUGAAAGAAACAUUAUAUCCUUUAUUUUCAUGUUCAACGAAAUAUUUUUUUGCAAUAUAGAAUGUAAUUAACUUAUUAUUGUGUAUGUUCUUCUUUACAUUCAUGAUAACUUUUUUUUUUACCAGUGACGAGAAUAUAAUUUUCAUUUUAGCUACAUGACAUAUUAGAACGAUAAUAGUAAAUAUAUAUAUAUAUAUAUACUUGUGCAUAUAUGUAUGCGCAACAUACAAGUGGAUUAUGCAGAAAGAAAAUGGUCAUGCACACAUAAGUUAUACGUAUGCAAAUGCGUACCAAUAUUUACUCCAUUUUAAAAUUUUAAAUUUUAAUUUUUGGAUGACAAUAAUAGAGAAAAUAUUAUUUAGUAAAUAGUUGGUGGGUGCACCACUACCCCUCCUUUUUCUCAAGUGGAAAUAACAACUCCAAUACAACAAACUUUUUUUCAUUCUUUUUCUUUAAAAAUAUUUAUUUUGUCUAUUCAUAUUUAUAGAUAUUUAAAUAUGUUAGAAAAAAUUUGAUUUACAUAUGUAAGAUAUUUGAAAAAAAUAAAAUAGUAAAGUAUGUAGAACCCACAAACAGAGUGACGUGGAAUUGCAAACAUCCUUCAUGAUUUGAUUCUCUAAUUAAUAGCAAACUUAAAAACUGAUUGAUACAUUAAAUGCAAUUUUUGAUGGCUUAAGUUCUAAUUCAUGAACAGUGAAUUUAAAAUCAUUCCGGUUGUUGGAACGAUGAACAAGUCAUACCAGAUAAUGGGAAAAGGUAAACAAUUUGUCAAUGUCGCCGGAAAAAUUGGGAACAAUUUGAACUUUGAAGAGAACAAUUUUGUAAAUGUAAUUUCAUAAAUUGUGAGAGAACAAACCUUGGUGUUUUUGCAGAAUUCGAGAUCACUCCAGCAGCUUUCAUCAACAAUAUCAUCAGGACUCCGAUUAGGAUCCAUGUACACUGCUCCGAUCGACGACGUGAACACCACUCGCCGGACUUUAGCUUCAGCCGCCGCCACUAUUAUAUUCCUUGUUCCAAUAACCGCCGGCUCCACCAUUUGUUCCUGUCAAAGUCGAUUCAGUCAGUAUAUGAUCAUCGGUGACGGGAGAAGCAGUGUGGAAAACACCAUCACAGCCAUUAAUGGCUUCACGCAAGCUUUCAAAAUCGAGAAGAUCAGCUUUAAAUAAAGUUAAUCUCUCCUUCGCUCCUUCAAGCUCUCUCAAAUGAUUAUUCUUCGCAUCAUCUACAAACAGCAAUAAACAGAAAACCACAACUAAGCAAUUCACAACAGAAAAAACAAAAGUCGUUUUGUAAAUUACAAGUGGAUUGGAAAUUGUAACCACCUGGAUUCCUAACAGUUCCUCUGACAAUAUAACCUUUCUCCAAGAGCAAUUUGACCAUCCAUGAGGCGAUGAAUCCGCCGGCGCCGGUGACACAGAUUACUUGGGCAGAUGCCGGAGACAUUGUGAUUGGUGUGUUUGUGUGUGUGAGAGGAAAGAGAGAUUGAAUGAGGGAAGGGGUGUGGAAGUUUGAAGAGAUGGAAUGGAGUAUUUAUAAAUCGAGACUUCACCAACUCACCCACCACCUUCCAUUGGCCUACCUUUUAGUGCCAAGUCAACAAACUUGAUCCCCCUUCAAUAAUAACACAAGUUUAAUAUAUUUUGCAGUUCUAAAGAAAAAACAAUAUCACAAGUUAUAGAUUAUAAUAAUGAUUUAUUAUCUUAUGUACAAACGAACACGUUAUUAAGCAUUCCUUAAAAAAACAAAUGUAUAAAAGACUCUUGAC